AGUUGCAUUUGAUAGAAUACUUUUUUAAGUUAACAAGACCUAACUUAUUUAAUUGUCACAGAAAUCAUGGAAGAUUUAACAACAUAACAUCAAAAAUUAAUUAGUAGUCAAAAGGAGACGAUUGGCUAUAGCUUAACCAUAGAACACAACAAAUAGGCCUAUUUUUCAAUUUUAUCGUUACAAAAGAUUUAUGUCGCUUUGAAAGAAAAAUCAAAUGCUACUGAUGAAUCGUCGAACAAGACCAAAAAUACUGAAAGAAAACGGCAUCUGAAGAGGAUGGCGAAUGAACCAGAGGAGGAUCAAUCCAGAAAAAGGAAAAAGUGGUUGGAAGAUUUGUCAGUUCUUUCAUCUGACGAUGAAGAUAAUUUAUCUACAAUAUCAACUAACGGAGGAUUGAAUCCUAACACUUUUGAUAAAGAUAAAGUCUACCUGCGAUUCCCAUAUUAUUUGGGCAGUGACAGUAGUGAAGAUGAGAUAGAAAUUAAAUGUUUCCCAAAAGUUCCUAAAGUAAAAAGGGAAGAAAAAUCUAUUCUUUCUUCAGAUGAAUCUAGAGAUGAUAGAAAUAGUAAAAAUCAUAGUUACAAACAUACCAAGAGGAAACAAAAGUCGGAUAUAAAUUCUGUAAAAAAUACCAGAAGUAAAGAUUCUGCAACUAAGAAGAAACCCCAUAAAGAAUCUAGAGUUUCGAAAGAUGAGGUGACGAACAGGAAGCAACUAAAAAAAGCUUUAAACUCUUUAAUUAAUUGCUCAGGAAUCGUUGACAAGGUUAGACCCAGUGUAGAUAAAGGAGAUUGUCUUUUAGAAGAACAGCUGUUUGAGAAUGAUCAACUUAAUCCGUCAAACAGUAGAUUCCUGGAUUCCAGUUCAGAGAACUCAGAUAAAGAUGUAUUUGUAAUCAAAACCAAACCAACCAGGUACAGAAGGGUACAUAUUUUGUCCACCAGCUCAAGCAGUGAAGAAGAAUCAACAAAAUCUAGUCUGCCACUGAGUAACUUAGAAAAACCAAAAGACACUCAAUCAAAGGACACUAAAAGGAGAAAAAAUCACAGAAGUGUUCAUUUAAUGUCCUCCAGUGAUGAUGAAGAGUCUGAAAAUGCUUGCUUGCUUGAGAACUCUAAACAAUCAGAGGAACUUGCAGGAAGCACACAGGAAAAUGUCUCCCCUGAACCUGAUAAAUGUGCAUCUCAAACCAAUUCUAGGUUUCUAGAUCCAAUAAAACCAUUGAGUAAUGCGAAUGCCUGGACUAGCAUAGCUGACAUCAAAUCUCAGAAUAACAAACAAUCAAAGGUUCAGGAGUUGAAAAGAAAGUUUGUGCCGUCCAAUGCUUCUUCAGUCGCAAUAUACAAGCAAAUACAACAGAGGCAAUCAAAUAAGAGUAAAGCAAAUCCACCAAGGCGUAAUUCGAAACACCAGCCAAACAAAACCCAUUUUGGAGUAGGUAAUGAAAACAAGACCACUUGUGAUGUUCAAGUUAAUGAUGGACUUUCAACAAGUACAUCUCAAAUACACAGUAAAUUUGAAAGCAUAUCAUGUGAUGCAAAAGAAACAAUUAGUUCUGAAUCAUCAGUUAAUCAAGAAACAAGAAAAGAUAGCCUUAUGGAUAAUCGUGAAAAUAGUGCUGAAAUACCUAAUAUAACAACUUCAACUUCGGUUAGUAGCACAAAUCCUUCUGUGUUUGGAAAAAAAAUACGCCAAGCACACCACAGAGAGAUAAACAAACUUGAUGAUAAUAAUAGAUUGUAUCAAAAUAGUAGGCAUAAACCACCACAUUCUAAAUCAAAUAAGAAGAAACUGUCUACAGACAACAAGUCACUAGAAGAGCAACAAUCUACAUCAAGUUCUUCCACAACCUGUGAUGUUCUUGGAAAUAUUAUGUCUCAGAUGGAUAGCAACCCUUUUAAAGUCCAAUCAGUGCCAGUUAAAAAGACGGGACCUUCACAGGAUAAGCUUGGAUGGUUUCCCCCAGGUACUUACCCACCGGCUUUGUGUGGACAACCUCAAAAUGCAGUAGGAGUCCCACAAAUCAGGAUGUAUGGUACAAUAAAGUCAAAUUCUGGAUCCAUUAUGCCUGAAGUGAGCAAUCCAAAUAGCACACUUAGGAAUAUUCCUAACCCAAGCUACAACCCUUUGUGUUUUGCUAUGGGAAUCAACAUUACCAAUCAACCAGUCGUUCGGACUGAAACUACCGGUAGUCGUUUAGAAAGGAGUAAUCAGAAUCUUCCUCAAGCCAACGAACUUACGACUGAAGCGAGCAAUCCAAAUAGAACACUUAGGAAUAUUCCUAACCCAAGCUACAACCCUUUGUGUUUUGCUACGGGAAUCAACAUUACCAAUCAACCAGUCGUUCGGACUGAAACUAGUCGUUUAGAAAGGAGUAAUCAGAAUCUUCCUCAAGCCAACGAACUUACGACUGAAGCGAGUAAUCCAAAUAGAACACUUAGGAAUAUUCCUAACCCAAGCUACAACUCUUUGUGUUUUGCUACGGGAAUCAACAUUACCAAUCAACCAGCCGUUCGGACUGAAACUAGUCGUUUGGAAAGAAGUAAUCAGAACCUAUCUCAAGUCCCUAAGCCCCAAGGGGAAAAAAUCAAUGAAAACUCUUGUGGUUCCUCAUCUGUAUCAUGUGGUGGACAAAAGUUAGUUUCGUUUUACUCAGCUCCUCAAGAAGAUUAUAUGGGUAAACUUAUAAUAUCACAGGAUGAAGUUGUAAACAAUCUUAAAAAUAGUUCUACACCAUCUGAAAAAUCUGAAGCCAAUAGACACCUUAAAAGUAACCACACUACAUUACUUCAAAAUAACAAAUCUGACAACCUGUCGUUAAAACAUUAUAAUAAAAAUUCCAUAAUUCAAGACUCAGGCCUUACUGCUGAGAGACAAACCAUUGCUUCCUGUAAAAACCCUCAGAUUGUUAAUGAAAAUAACACCCUUCAAAAUAUAAACCAAAAAGACAACUGGUCCAUAAGACCACAGACUCCAUUUACGUCAAGGGGAAAUGGUGAAAUUUGUAAAACUUCUCAAGAAAAUAACAAUCCUAAAGGAAUCAGAAUAAGACUUUGUGGUGAAGAGUUUCGAUUAUCUGCAAAACAACCAUCUAAUGCAAACAAAAUUUGCAAUGUUUCUAAAAAAGACGUACCUGGGACAAAUGAUUGUGAUAGACAGGGUGAUAAUGUUGAAAAUAAUGCAAAAUCCCCAAAGAAAACUUCCCCUGUUUCUCCCACUACAAGUUCGUCUUCUUCAAGUUCAUCUGAUGAUAGUUCUUCUGAUAGCAGUGAUGAAAGUACAAAAUCUAGUUCUACGGCAGAUUCAGACUCUUCAGUUCGUACAGUAAAGAAUUUAAGUAUAGCGCAUGUUGACUCUAUCAAGGAACCAAAACGUUUAUUAACUACAGGAGUUUUGUGUACUAAAGUUACCUCAAAGGAACAACCCUAUGAAAAGGAAAACCAAUUGGUACAUCCAGAAGUGCCAUCAUCGUUAACAAAUAUGCCUACCCUAGAGAAAAAUAUGGACAGCAAAACAUUUUUGAAAACACCAGAAAAUGUUGUCUACACUGAUGUAAUCGUGCUAUCAGAUUCUAGUGAUUCUGAAAGUGGACAGCUACAUGACAAGGAAACCAACACUCGAGAUUUAGAUGCUGAUAAUCACAUAGAAAUCCCUUGCAGUGAUACAGGUACAACACCUUCCAAGCCUGGUCCACCAGCAUCAAACAGUGUAGGAAAAAUUAGGGUGAGGAAUUUAUUAGAAUUAGGCGUUAUUCCCAACCCAGAAAUUGAAAAUGCACUAAAACCCACGUCAAUGGAUCCAGUUAUUGUGGCUCAAAACAAAGAGUCCGAGAUAUUGCAGACAGAAACUUCAUAUUCAAAUAAUACAAAUCAACAGGCAAUACAUCCAGGAAGAGAGGAUUAUGUUUGUAGCCUACCGACUAAACCUGCUGAGUUAAAUUCUAACAGUAAUUUAAAUGCAUCUCCUGAUCCAAUGCCUACUAUUGUUGAAGUCUUAUCCCUAGCUCAAAACGAUGGUACUGCAAAUCCCAGUUUUGGUGAAAAUAUUCACACAAAUAAUUCUCAAAGUACCUCAAAAGAUUUGAACUCCAGCAACGACAAACCUGUUAACGAUACUCCUAAUUCAAACAGAGUUACCACAGAAAAUCUUUCUCAAGUUCAAAGCAAACCUGAUAAGCAAAAGGGAAAAGCGAAAAAACUGCUAGGUUGCCAGUUGCCGGCAAAAGCAAGUUUUCGCAUUAAAAAUUCAAAUUCCAGUUGCAAGAAGUCUGCUAAAAACAAAAACACACCUACUUCAAAUAGGCCUACCAUAGAAAAUAGUCCUCAAUCAGAAAGCAAAAAAUCAGAAAAUAAAAAGGACAAGAAAUUUUCAGGUGAUAUAAAUCAACAAGCCCAGCCCAGACAAGCCAACCCUCUUAGACCAUUUGGGCCAAAUCAAAAAACCCCAAAAACACCUCAUUCAGUCAAUAAAAAUAAUUCAAACAAAUCAAAACCCACAGUAGGCCUAUUGGUGCCAGUUAUACCAAUAGCACUAAUAAAGCCUGUAAAUGCAGUAAUGCCCACAGUAUCAGGUAUGAACCUAGAGAAUAGCAAAAGAACUGUUUGCAACACGGAAAGUAGGAAUUUUAUUCGCAUUCAAGUUCCUAGGUCACAUAACCUACCUUCUGAAGUGGGUACAUCAAGAGUUGAAAGCAGUGAAGCAUCAAGUCAAACCCCUGCAACUGUAGUUACAAUGCCAGAUUCUUCUGAAAAUGUACAAAAACUAUUUUUUACUCUAUGUGAUAAGCUGUUCACUGAUGUUGUUAAUUUUAAAAUCCCAAAAAUGGCAUACGAUUUAUACUUAUUAAUUAGUUAUGACGUCAUGAAAGAAGAACGCUUUAAGAAAAUCAAUCAGUUACUAUCUUCAGAAACUGUUGUCAGUGAAAAACUCCGAGCUGAAAAAGAAUUUGCCGAUAUGAUCAAAAUCCGGGCUCAGAGUUUUGUUCCUCUAUUCAUGACAAUUGUAAAUAGAAUUGAUAGUGAUAACCUCAAGGCAUUGCUUACCGCGGUGUAUUGUAGAAUAGUUCAAAAACUCGAAACUAUCGAUCCUAUAACCAGUGCUUACCGGUUCAAAAUAAGGAGCAUAAUCAAAACUAUGCUGGAAAAACACGGUUGUAAACAGCCAGAGAUCUUGGCAUAUUUUGACUCGGAAAAUGAUACAAAUUUUCUUACAAACUUCUGCUUUAUAGAAAAUUUAUUGAAGAAAUAUGACACAGAGCCAAGGGAAGUUUGUACCAAUCUAAGGAUGCAACCAAAUACUGAAAUGACAGCAAGUUCAACUUCAACAGAAAGAGGUAAUCAUGCUGAUUCAUCUGUAUUAAACCAAACAGAAAAAAAUCCCGUUCAGUCCACCCCUGAUUGUUCAGUCCCUCAAAAUCCAGUUCAGUCCACCCCCGCUUGUUCAGUUCCUCAAAAUCCAGUUCAGUCCACCCCCGUUUGCUCAGUUCCCCAAAUUCCAGUUCAGUCCACUCCCGUUGAUUCAGUUCCCCAAAAUCCAGUUCAGUCCACCCCCGUUUGUUCAGUUCCUCCCAGUGGGAGUGGAAUGGGAUCCUUUCAGACCAACAAACCUACACAACUUCCACCAAGUAUUGGAAAUUUGGACGAUGAAUUUUUGAAAAAUCUGACGAGGAAACACUAAUUACUGUACCAAAAUCAUCUAUGAAGUUGAAGUUUUUCAACUAAGUUUCGUGACUGUCUUUCUCCAAACUUCAUCACGACUGUUCUACGAUGGAGCUAAGAAAACAGUUGGACCCGUACCUGAUUUCUAUGUUACGUAUAAUACUCGUUACGUAGGCUACUAAGCUUAAGUUUAUGUAAAUACAUUGUAAGCAAAUAGAAUAUUGUAUUAUUUUGUAUAUGAACUGUGAACAUACUUUGUACAUACCACUAACUAAAUAGUAUUUUUUAUGUUUUUAACAACAAAUAUUUGUUGAAUUAAGUUUUAGAUUUGUAUCGUUAUUCUAGUAAGCCAAUCUAAUGAAUGUAAUUGUUCUGUUAAAGUUUAAUCCUUAGUAUUAUGAAGAUAGUUUCGUUGGAAAAUGCAUAUUCUUUUUUGUAAAUUGAUGUUUGAAAGCAGUUUCUUUUAAUUUUGAAUGCCUUUGAUAGACUACCACUUGAUUGUUAGCACAUUGUAGCGUAAGCCUUUGUAAAAAGAUCUGUCCAGGAAAUCUAGUGAAUAGAAUUUGUUCUUUAGCAUGUUCCUGAUUUACUGUACACAAGAUCAGCUGAUCCUAAAAGUCGAUUGUUGUUUUGCUUUAGUUUCAAACCAUCUUUAUUGGUCGCUAAAUAAAACGAACACACAAUCUUUAGUAGCAUACAAAAUACAAGCUGGUUUAAGUAAGCAAUGUGUUCAAAUAUUAAGUGUGCGAGCUCCCAAACGUAAAAUUGCUGCAGUUGUACAAAUAAAAAGUAUUUUAAUGUGGUUUUAACUGUUAAUUUUAAUUACAGGGUGCGGCGUGGGAACUAACUCUUUUAAAAUAAUCACAAAGUAAAAAGUAUUAAAGAUAGCAUUUUAAUUCUUUCUUUUUUACAAAUUUAACAAUCAUUUAAAGUUUCGUUGGGUUUACUUACAAGUUUAGUUCUUGAAUAUUACAUCAUGUAGGUGACAUCCAUGCUGUUCAAUACAUUUUGUCAGACGAGAUCGGAAGUUUCGCUCCACCUUCUCAAGCAUGUCUGGACCAAUGUCAGCAAUAGCAACGCGAAUGUUGUUCUUCAGUUCAGCUAGGGUCCUCGGACGAUUGGUGUACACCAAGGAUUUCAAGUAUCCCCACAAAAAAUAAUCGCAGGGGGCUAAGUCCGGCGAGCGCGCUGGCCACUGGAGAUCGCCCCUAAAGGAGAUCAGGGGUUGUGGAAAGUGUUCGCGCAAGAGAGCCAUUGAAGCGCGUGCUGUGUGAGCCGUGGCCCCAUCUUGUUGAAACCACACAUUUCUUACACCAAGUUCAUCAAGUUUUGGAAGGAAAAACUCUUGAAUCAUCUGAAUGUACCGUUCAGAAGUGACUGUAAGUGCCCUAUCGUUCUCUUAAAAAAACCAUGGGCCUAUGAUGCCAGUCCUGGAUAAGGCACACCAAACAGUCACUCGUUCUGCAUGAAGGGGCUUCUCAUGAAGUUCUCGGGGGUUCACACCACUCCAAUAUCGCAUGUUUUGCUUAUUCACACACCCUGACAGAUGAAAAUGUGCUUCAUCACUAAAAAACACAAGUGCGUUGUUAGGCAAGUUUUCAACGAUGGCUUCACAUGCCCUUUGUCGCGAAACAAAAUCACGUGGAUUUAGUUUUUGCACCACUGCCAGUUUGUAAGGGUGGAAUUUUAAGUCUUGGUGCAGAAUUCUCCUAACUGUGCGAUCUGAAAUUCUAAGCGCAGAUGCAUGUUUUCGUGCGGAUCGCUUAGGUGAUUGCAAAACCGCCUGCCUUACUCUCUCGACAUUUUCUGGCGUUCUAGUGGUUUUGGAAGGACCUGGUUUUUGUUUCCACACACUGCCUGUAUUCAUAAAAGUAUUCACCCACUGAACGAUUGAUGUUCGACCGGGAACACGACCAGUGGGCGCGACAUUAAACUGCCUCCUAAACGCACGCUGGGUUGCAACGAUAGACCAGCCACUAGAAAAGUACACAGAGACUGCGAACGUGCGCUCCUCUCUUGACCAUUGCAUGGUUGCAACUGACUGAACUGAGUGGACGAAAAACUUCAUAGCGCGCCCACCAGAUUGCGCAUGGCCCCGCCUUCCUAGGACUAAUGACGUAAUUCAAAUAAGUAAGUUCCCGUGCCGCACCCUGUAUAAACAAAUUAGUUAUAUCUCCUUUAAAAUUGUUACGUUGAUCUGAGCAUCAGACUAGUUUAAGUUGGAUUGUCCUGAUUGACAGAAUUUUAGUAUGUAACUUUGAUCAUUUUACAAAAUUGUUUUUUGUUAUGUAGAAGUUUAUUUUUUUUUUUGAAAAAUAGUUUUACUGUUAUAUCAAGAGCUUGAUUAAAGUUUAAUGUUUUUAAUAAGUGGUUUUUAAUA